AGAGAAACAGGCGUUAGCAUUCGCUAGCAUGCAAAACAUGUGUCUCUGCCUCCUUCCAUUACGCACCAUUGCUUCGCAUACGCGCAUAAAUAACAAGGAAGUUGGCAUCAGAGGAAGAAAACGUCGCACUCGCAACAUUCGCACACAGAAUAUCAGAACAUUGCUUGCACACACACUCACAGAGUUAGUCAAUGGCGAAUUUGCCACAAUCAAUCUCAAUGAGUGGUGCGUCCUUUGGAGCUUCUUCUGUCUCUGCAACGAAGGAUCGCAGAAUGGCGUCUGUGGAACAUCUCGUCCUCGAACUCAGCAACCCUGAUCUCCGAGAAAACGCACUCCAUGAACUCUCCAAGAAGAGAGAGUUAUUUCAGGAUCUUGCUCCAUUACUGUGGAAUUCUUUUGGUACUAUGGCAGCGCUUUUGCAGGAAAUAGUUUCAAUAUACCCUGUUAUUUCACCGCCAAACCUUACUCCAGCACAAUCAAACCGAGUCUGCAAUGCUCUCGCCCUUCUUCAGUGUGUGGCGUCUCACCUGGAUACAAGGAUGCAAUUCCUCAAUGCUCAUAUACCUCUUUAUCUGUAUCCCUUCCUUAAUACAACAAGUAAGUCCCGGCCAUUUGAGUAUUUGAGGCUUACCAGUCUAGGAGUCAUUGGUGCCUUGGUAAAGGUUGAUGAUACAGAAGUUAUAAGUUUUCUUCUUUCAACAGAGAUUAUUCCGCUGUGCUUGCGCAGUAUGGAAAUGGGAAGUGAAUUGUCAAAAACGGUUGCAACCUUUAUAGUCCAAAAAAUUCUGUUGGACGAAAUUGGUUUAAAAUAUAUUUGCACUACAGCAGAGCGGUUUUAUGCAGUAGGUCGAGUUUUGGGAAACAUGGUGGCAACUCUUGUUGAGCAACCGUCAUGCCGUCUUUUGAAGCAUAUUAUUCGUUGCUAUCUUCGUCUGUCAGAUAACCAGAGUGCUUGCGAGGCUUUAAGAACCUGUCUCCCAGACAUGUUAAGAGACGCUACAUUCAGUAGUUGCCUUCGUGAGGACCCAACAGCAAGGCGGUGGUUACAGCAGUUGCUUCACAACAUCGGAGUCAAUCGAGUUCCUGCACUUCAAGGUGGAGGAGGAUUUGAUCAUAUGAUGGUGUCGUGAGAACAAAGACCUUGACUUUUUUCUUCACUGUCAUUCUGAAAUUUUCUAACUUGCUGUGAGCGAAGAUUAAAUGGCAUUUUCAGAUGAGCAUGUACUAAGAAUGAAAAUUGGUAGGGAAGGAUCUACCUUUUCCGCUUGAUGUAAACAGGUCAGCAUCUAAUCUGACAAUUACAUGGGUAGAUCACGAGGGCAAGGACAUGGACAAAUUAUAUAGUCACAUCACAUCCUUUUUAAUAACAUAAUAUUUGCUUAUUCUCU